UGACAUCCGCUCUAGCUACUGCUACUGCCUCUUCCUGUUAGCUGCCGCUGCUCCUUCGUGUCAUACCACAUUUAGCCAUCCACUCAUUCUUCUAUAUAGUUCACCCGGUGUUUAUUUAAACAAACACAAACAUGGCAGAUGCCAUUCAAAGGAAGAUAAAAGCGGAACUAGAAAUAUAUACCCAGAUGCAGAAAGAUGUUAGCAAGAGCGUGUCAGCCAGACAGAAGCUGGAGGCGCAGCUAACAGAGAACAACUUUGUCAAAGAGGAGCUGGAUCUGCUGAACAGCACAAACACAGUUUAUAAACUUAUUGGUCCUGUAUUAGUGGUACAAGAUCAGGACGAGGCCAAAGCCACAGUUGCAAAAAGGCUGGAGUAUAUAAAAGGAGAAAUUCAAAGGUACGAGGCGCUCCUGAAAGACAUGGAGAAGAAAUCUGACCAGCACCGAGAAGUCCUGUCCAGUUUACAGCAGGAGUAUCAGAAAGCUCAAGGCCUCGCUGUUGGCAAAGUCUGACCGAGUGGAGAAGCUGCACACACAUACACACACACACUGUACAGUGUGUAGUGUCGGUACAGUUGAUCCCAAAUGAAAAGGUUGCACGUUGCAUCCUCCUUGGAUUUUGUUGAUUACUUUGCGCAGAACCAUGCCCCCCCAUUCAGUCAUGCAAUGUAAAUCUACUACAUGUGGUUGAGUCAAUUCUGCUUGUAUCCUGUCUUUUACUGUGACUAUUCUCUUGUUUGCUAAUAAACAUGUUUUUCAUUGAAGGUCA